CUUGAAAUAUACUGAACACACACGUGUUGUUUCUCUAUGUCUGACAAGUACCAUUGAGGAAGUGAAGCUCACACUGGCUUUCUGGCGGCUGCAUAGAGUGUUUCGGGGCGCGGUGACUCGUUACUUUCUUUGAGCGAGGUAGCGAGUCCUUGGAUGUAAUAAAGGGAGGGAGGAUGAGCGGCCGAUGGUACCAUGAGGACAUCUCCCGCCCCAUGGCGGAGAAGCUGCUGGCCAAGGCUGCCCAGGACGGCAGCUUUCUGGUCCGUCAGAGCGAAUCGGUCGGAGGAGCGUUCGCCCUAUGUGUGCUGUAUGAAAAAUCCAUCUACACUUAUAGGAUUUUUAUAAAUGAGGACAAUUCAUUGUCCAUUCAGGCCUCUGCAGGAAUCAAGUCGAAGAAUUUUGAAAAGAUGCCCGACUUGAUUGAAUUCUACAUGCAGGAGGACAUGGGGCUGGUGACUCACCUGCGGCACCCUGUGGAGCGAGUGGAGGAGUUGGAGAGCCCUGAGAUGGAAGCAGGUGCAGCAGAUGUCACGGAAUCCCCCACUCAGACCAAGAGUGAUAUAAGCCAGUCCCUGGUCAACAAGAUACUCGCACAGCGCCUUGAAGGAGUGGAUGCAGCAACGUUGUCACUAGUUCCAGAAGGUUUUCAUGAGGCCCUUCGUAACUUUGUGGAGCAGGAUGUGCUCAAGGAUGCUGAAGACGUAAAUGGUACAAACACGGAUUUGUGGCAACUAAGGCUCUUGCUCAGAUUACUUACCAAAGGUCUCAACAGUGAGCUAAUCCAGACAAUGUCGACACUUGAGACAUCACAGCGACAGUUUGACAAUCAGCCGUUACCUGGAGGAAGUGUUCAGAGCCAGAUCACCUCUGAAGCCAAUAUCAAAAAACUGCUUUCAACAGCUACAGAACUGAACACAAUGCUCUUAUCCAUGGAGAACCAGGUGAAGGAUUAUGAGCACGAAGUUUCAGACGCGGAUGUUGAAGACCCGCAGUCACAAAUAUCACCGGUGACCUUUGAUGUGAAAUUGGAAAGUUUUGGAAUAUUCUUGAAACUCCAUUUGAAAGUGGAUGUGGAGCAUGGGAAACUAAUCAUCAAGAAAUCAAGGGAUGCUCCAGAGGAUAAGUUUUACAGUCACAACAAAAUUUUGCAGCUAAUCAAAUCGCAGAAGUUCCACAACAAGUUGGUGAUCGUCAUUGAUUCGGAGAUAAAGAAGACACAGCGGAAGGAGUACGUCUUCACAGACUCGAAGAAGCGGGAAGGGUUCUGCCAGCUUCUACAACUGAUGAAGAAUAAACAUUCGGAUUUUCCAGAACCAGACAUGAUCAACAUCUUCAUUGGAACCUGGAACAUGGGUAAUGCAUCUCCUCCUACGGACAUACGAUCAUGGUUCCAAUGCCGAGGCCAGGGAAAAACUCAGGAUGACACAGCUGCCGACAUUCCCCAUGACAUUUACAUCAUUGGCACUCAGGAAGAUACCCAGGGAGAGAAGGAGUGGGUGGAGCUUCUCAAAUCCACUCUGAAGGACAUCACCUAUAUAAAGUUUAAGCAUAUAUCAACACAGACCUUAUGGAAUAUCCGGAUAGUUAUAUUGGCAAAACCAGAACAUGAAAACCGGAUCAGUCACAUUUCUACUAGUAGCGUCAAAACUGGAAUAGCCAAUGCUCUUGGUAAUAAAGGAGCCGUGGGCGUGUCCUUCGUGUUUAAUGGCACAUCCAUUGGAUUUAUCAACAGUCACCUAACCUCCGGAGGAGGGAAGAAGCUAAGACGAAACCAAAACUACAUCAAUAUCCUGCGUUUCGUUAACCUAGGAGACAAAAACUUGAGUCCAUUUGAUAUCACUAAUAGGUUCACACAUCUCUUCUGGCUCGGAGACUUGAACUACAGAGUGGAACUCCCAACACAGGAAGCUGAGAAUAUUGUAGAGAAGAUCAAGCAGCAGCAGUACCACGAACUGUUGCCCAAGGACCAACUGAUGAUCGAGAAGAAUGACAAGAAGGUUUUCCUCCAGUUCCAAGAGGAAGAGAUUACUUUUCCUCCAACCUAUCGAUAUGAACGUGACAAGAGGGACACGUACACCUACACCAAACAGAAGGCCACAGGACUAAAGUACAACCUGCCAUCCUGGUGUGAUCGUGUGCUGUGGAAGAGUUACCCCAACGUUCAUGUAAUGUGUCAGUCAUACGGCUGCACCACGGAUAUUGUCACCAGUGAUCAUUCACCAGUGUUUGCAACCUUUGAGGUGGGCGUGUCGACACAGUUUGUUUCUAAAACCGACCCCAACAAUGCUGACUCCCCAGGCACAAUCAACUUCCUCAAGUGUGAAGCCACAUUGAAAACUAAGUCCAAGACAAAGUUCUUCAUUGAAUUCCACUCCAGCUGCUUAGAAAAUCCUGUAAAGAGUGCCGAAGGUGAGAACCAGGAGUCGAGGGAUGAGAACCUUGCUGUCAUAUGGAGUACUCCCCCUGAGUUAAUACCCAUUAUCUCUGACCCGGAGUAUUUAUUAGACCAACACAUCCUCAUCUGUGUCAAGUCUACCGAUAGCUAUGAAUCAUACGGUGAGGGCUGCAUUGCUCUGCAUGCCAGCUCCAAUGAGAUCACGUUCAACAUCCCUCUGGAGCACCGGGGGGAGGAGACGGGCAAGUUCAGCGGCUCGUACAAACUGACCAUUUCCGAGGGGAAACAGCGAGAGCGGACUUACGAUUUUAUACAGUUGGAAAAAGAUGAGAUGAUUUCAGUUAAACAAAGCAAAACGAAUACUAAUUUGGAACCUCAAAAAGCCGGGGACCGUUCGGGAUGGUUAGCCGCAAAAACCUCCUCCAAUCUGGUGGCAGAAGAGGCAGCAGCCAAGGCCCGAGUCCGAGUCCCAUUGCCAAACCUUCCAGAGAUCAGUUCCAAGGAUGAUGGCAAGCCCUCAAGCAGCAUUCCUGAAAAUUCCCGGAACAAAACAUCACCAAUAAGCCAAAAGAAGCUGGAGAUCCCACCAAGUGAACAGAGAUCAAUGGAGAUGAUGAAUAAUCCCUUGUAUGAAACAUUUGAACCGAGGCUGUGCACUGGUUUGAAGAAAGAACAAGGGUCUCACUGGGGCUUGAAGAAAGAGACCUCAGUGACUGUGGAGAAGGUCUCCUCCACUUCAUUCCAAUCCCCCACCAGUAAAGUGCCGCAGUCAGUGCCAAAGUCGGGCUGGCAUGUACUUCCCCACACACCGGCAAACCGCAAUCACCCCAACACUGACUCGAUGAAGAGCUCAGCCCAGGAGAAGCCACACAUCAAACCAGCAGCAAUCACGGUUGACCCUUCCAGAUCAGGUGCCUGCCUGCCUAGUUCACCCUUACACAGCAGGCCCCCACGGCCAGCCAAGAGCACAAAGGUGCUGGAGCAACAGCAUGCUCUGAAAGACUACAGGGAAAGCAUGGAGAUUACAACUCAAACCAAACAACGUAGCAACCAGGGUGUAGAACAACAGACAAGCGUGUCGUGAACAAGAUUCGGCGUGAUCCUUGUCGGGACUUUUCAGAAAAGUGAAGCGUUUUAAUGUUCCAGUUUGCAUUUACUCCAUUGAAAGAUGUAAGCUCUGGUUCUUUGUUGAGAAGACUUCUCACAGCAAGCUGAGAACCUGAAAUAUGUGUGACUGAAUUCAGUGCUGAUGCCAAGAACCUGGAGUGAGGAUGCCCGAUUAAAGUUCAAGACAGCUGAUCACUCAUCACUCCCAUCUUUAAUAUGCCUUUUUUUUGUUGGCAACAGGAAUUCAGUCAUGGGAUAUGUCAAGCAUUUCAAUUAGAUCCAAACUAAGUAUUGCAAGGUACACAAAAAUG